AUGGAGUCACCAACCAUCGCACGGCGCGAGGGCAGCACCUCCGGCAGCGGCGGGCUAGGGCUCAGCUGGCUGCUCGUCAUCGCCAUCGGCGGCGGCAUGAUCUUCUUCCUCGCGCUGGGCAUGCUGCUCAGCUGGUGGGUGAAGCGGCGCUUCGGGCCCUGCACGACAAAGGUCUACUCCGUGUCCAUGGAGGAGGUGACGACCAACGGCAACAAGAAGAAGAAGAAGAAGGGCGAUGGCGGCCUGCCGACGCGUCUGACCAAGCGUCGGCUGCUCGAGUCGCAGAGCCACCUGGGCCUGCACUCGGCGUGGUCGAGCCGCUUCAGCAGCCGCCUGUCCCUCACGGGCACGGCGCAGGGAAGCGGUGGCGCGGCGAUGGGCGUGGUGCCGCCGAUGCCGACGUAUGGGGGGGAUGGGACGGCGGGUGGGCUGGGGCGGAACCAGAGCGGGAGGAGGCCGCGGAUCGGACAGACGUUGGCGGGCGACGUGGAGGGGGGAGACGCGGGGACGACGACGACGGUGAUGAUGGCGGGCGCGAACGGCGCGGGCGAGCCUCCUCACGAUGGGAGGGAUGGGGGUGCGGCGGCGAGGGGAGGAGGAGGACCGCCGGGGUUCCUGCGCGAGAGCACGAGCUUCCUGCGCAACAGCGAGCGCUGGAGCCGCAACAGCUGGUAUGCGUUUUUCGGCAAGAUUGCGACGAUGCCGCGCUUCCCGUCCAUGCAGAGCAUCAAGACAGAUGCGAGGGACGUAGAGAUGCAGCAGCAGCAGCAACACCAGGGCCAGGAGCACGCACAGGAGCCGAGUAUCGACGAGUUGCGGCGGCGGCUGGAGCAGGAGGAGCAGGAGCUGCAACAACAACAACAGCAGCAACAGGACGAGGAGCAACAACGCCAAGAACAACAACAGCAGCAGCAGCAGACUGCCCAGCAGCACGUCCACUACCAGCUCUUCCCGCAGCUGCAGCCACACCACCAGCAACAACAGCAACAGCAGAAGCAGCAGCUCGACGAGUACCGCGGGCAGACGUUCCACCACCAGCCGUUCCAGUACCAGAAGCAGGAGCUCGACAUCCCCAAGCGGCGCAGCAAGGACGCGGCCACGCUGCGGACGCUCAACGGCCUGGGAGCAGCAGCAGCAGCAGCGCCAGCACCAGCACCAGGAAGAGCAGAAGCAGGAGCAGCAGCGGGAGCAGCACCGCAUCUCCCGCCGCCGCCGCAGCGCCAGGAGCACUACCUGCAGCAGUUUGCGCAGCAGACGCCCGAGGAGCAGCAGAAGCAGCUCAUGCAGAUGCAGCAGCAGAUUGCGCAGCACAUCCAGCAGCACCCGGAGCUGCAGCAGCAGCAGCAGCAGCAGCAGCAGGGAGGAGGAGGAGCAGCUGGAGGAACAACUCAGCAGCAGUGGUGGUCGCUCCAGUGGCCGUAUCAUAGCCCGCAGCACUCGCCGCAGAAGGCGAGCCAGCCCUCGGCCGAGCAGCAGCAGACCUCGUCGUCGCAGGCGCCGUUGCUGUUGCAGAUGCAGCUCCAGCCGCAGCACCAGCUCCCGCCGCGGGGACAGCAGCAGCAGCAGCAACAGCAGCAGCAGGGGGCUACCACCGACGACGUGCCCCGGGGUCGCCGUCGGCUUUCCUCGCAGACGCACGCGCGGCGGUCUACGGUCGCGGAUGCGGACCUGCGUAGCAUCCUCCGGUCGACGGACCAGCGGCUGCGCGAGGGCUCCAGCCGCUCGCCCAACAAGAACAAGGGCGCCGCGGCGGCGGCUGCGGCGUCAUCAUCGCGCUCCCCGUCGAGGGCCUCGCAGAGCCGAGCCGGUGCCGGCCAGGUCCAGGCCGGGCCGCGCACCUCCCACGCCAACUCCUGGCGGCCGGGCAGCAGCUCAGCAGCGCGCAGCACCGGGCGCGUCAGUCCCAUCAAGGGCCGCUCCGGCAGCGUCUCGCCCGUCAAGGGCGGCCCGGGCCACCUCGCGCGGAGCGGCUCCGCGGCGUCCAUCUCCAGCGCGGCCAACAGCCUGCUCGCCGAGGCCAUGGAGCAGCUGCUGCUUCCGGGCGGGACGAACAGCCCGAGCCGCGUGCAGGGCGGCAUGGAGUGGGAUCUCCAGACCGGAGGAGGAGCGUGGCAGAGCCAGCGCAGCCCUCAGCAGAGCGCCAGCGCGAGCCCCGAGAGGAACGCGCAGACGAGCCCGCGCCGCGGCCAGCAGGCGGCCGCUGCCAUCACUCCCCAGAGGAGCCCGCAGCGAAGCCAGCAGGCCAGUCCGCAGCGCGUCGUCCCUCAACGGAGCCCUCAGCGCAGCCCGCAACGGAGCCCCCAGCGAAGCCCCCAGCGCAGUCCCCAGCGCAGCACGCAAAAGAGCCCGCAGAAGGCGCCCCAGCGGACGCUCUCCAAGCGCCGCUCCGUCGACAGCGACGCCUCGAGCUCCCUCUCGACGCUGUACAGCGUGGGCGAGCCCGAGGAGAAGAAGCCGCAGCAGCAACACCAGCAGGGCGACGACCCGUUCAUCGACCGCGCGCCCUCGCCGCACCGCUACCCAAACGUGCACGACCGCAAGCAGGUCUCGGGCCCGCGGCCCCUCCAGCGCGCCAACACGGUCAGCCCGCGCAACCUCAUGAGGCGCGAGGUCGAGUCCCCGCUGCCCAAGGCGCCGCUCCGUCCCAUAUCGGCCAACUUCCAGCCGGGCCACGGCAUCCGUCGCUCCGUGACGUUCCUCCCGCCCAAGCUGCAGCUGUGCGAGGAGACGCGCCCCAAGGAGGCGGCGGCGGCGGCGGCACCGGCGGAGAGGGCCUCCACCGCGGAGCCGGCUCUGGCGUCGCCGUCCGAGGCGAGCUUCACGACGGAGUCGGUCCAUAGCACCGACUCGGAGAGGACGGAGACGGCGACGUGCGAGACGCCCCGCCCGGAGAGCGCCCUCAACAACGACCGCAGGUCUCCGCCCAUGAGUCCACUGACGCCCAGCCGCAGCAGCCGCGCCUCUGACGUCUCCUCGUCGCCGUACAAUGAGCACGACAUCCUGUCCAUGCUGCUGUCGGCGUCUGGCCCGCGUCGUGCCCUGCCCACGCCCCCCACGGCCACCGUCACGGCGCCCGACGGCUCCGUGGUGUCCACGCCGCUGUCCCCGCGCCCGGUCGACAAGAGCGAGCGCAACUCGGCCGUGCUCGAGCGCAGGAACUCCGAGGCCAGCUCCUUCUACUCGACCGCGCCAACGGACGUCGGUCCCGCAGCCGUGUCCAACGGCUCGCCGCGGAGGUCCGCCGUCAAGGCUGCGCGGGAGCAGUUCGAGAAGCGCGAGCAGGAGAAGGGCGAGCCGGUAGUGAACCCCCGCCAGUCGCAGGACAUCGGGUCGACCAUCGCGGCGCUGCGUCGCAUGAACAGCGUCGUCAGCUCGCAGAGCAUCGGCUCCAUCGCGUCGACCAUCAUGGGCGGCGCCGGCAGCGAGGCCGCCGACCUGACGGACGGCAACCAGGAGGGACCGUCGACGCCGAGCGCGCGGGCCCGCGUCCCGCUCGGCACGCCGCGCUCGCUGCCGCAGUCCAAGAGUAUCGGCAGCCGGCACUACUUCAACCUGGGCAAGAACAGCCCGACUAAGAACUCUGCGCGGAUGCAGGGCGGCGGCGGCGGCGGCCACAGGAAGACGGUCUCCGCGGACCCGCGCUUCAGCGGCAUGGUGAUGCUCAAAUCCCACGGCAGCGUCGGCAGCAACAGCAGCAGCGGCGGUGGUGGCAGGAAGCGUGAUGUCAGCCAGAGCCCUACGCGGAGACAGCAGCAGCAUGCGCGCUCCGACGGAUCGCCGCGGCGCCGUAAGGAGGGCCGCACGCGUGGGUCUAACCUGAGCCGCGAGCCGUCGAAUGCGUCCUCGGUGGCGACGUCGAACGCGACCACGACCACGACCACCACGUCGUCGGCAUGGGCCCCGAGCAAGGUCAAGCUCACGCCGGCCAAGCACCUCGCCGUCGAGGAGAGGCGUCGCAUCGAGCGGCGCUACAGCAGCGACAGUAGCAAGAGCUCCACCUUCCAAGACAAGGAAGGCUUCCUGCUCUCGUCGCCCGAGGGCACCGUGCAGCGCCGGUGGAUGAGGAUGUGA